AUGGGUGUUAUCCCUUACGAGAAUGAGAUCACUUCUUCAAUCCCCCCAGCCAAGAUGUUCAAGGCCUUUGUCCUUGAUGUCGACAAGCUCAACCCUAAGAUCCUGCCACAAACCAUUAAGUGUGUUGAGAUCAUUGAAGGAGUUGGAGGGGCUGGAACCAUCAAGAAGGUUACUUUUGGCGAAGGCAGCCAAUUCAAUUAUGUGAAGCACCGGGUUGACGGAAUUGACAAAGAGAACCUCACAUACAGUUACAGUGUGAUUGAGGGUAAUGCUUUGAUGGGCACCCUUGAAUCAAUCUCUUAUGAAGUCAAGUUCGCUGCAUCUCCUGAUGGUGGAUCCAUCUGCAAGACCACCAGUAAGUACAAUACCAAAGGUGAAAUCGAUAUCAAAGAAGAUCAAAUCAAGGCUGGCAAAGAGAAGGCUAGCGGCAUGUUCAAGGCUAUUGAAGCCUACCCCUUGGCGAAUCCUGAUGCCUAUUAAGCAAAAUUUUCUAUACUUUAUAUGAGUCUUUUGUGUCUCAAUAUCAUUAUUUC